AUGUGAAAUCUGGCUGUUAUUCUGGCAAGAUAAAUAUAAGCGUUAGCCCCCCGCCAUUUUGAACAUCUUCCGAAUCUUCUCCGCCGCAUCAUAACGCCAUUAUCAUCAUCAUCACUGUACCGACUUUACCGAAUUCUCAAUUCGAUUUUCUCUGGUUACGAAUGGAUCCGGUUCUUCUGGCGGCGGUGGUCUCGAUCCUCCUCGGGGCUCUGAUCGCACUCGUUUUCUUGGGGAACUACUUCUUGAAGCGCAGAUCCGAAGUUGAAUCCAUUUUCAAACCGGAACUCCAAUCCGACAAGAAUCCCAAGCCCGCCAAGCCUCCUCAAUCUUUCUCCAAGAAGUCUCAAUUCAAGCAUCACUCCCAUGCCGCUGAUAAGGAUCAGAACAAGCGACAUCAUCCGUUGGAUAUAAAUACACUGAAAGGGCAUGGAGAUUCAGUCAAUGGUCUGUGUUUCUCUCCUGAUGGGAGGAAUUUGGCAACAGCAUGUGCUGAUGGAGUGGUCAGGGUAUACAAGUUGGACGAUGCUUCAAGUAAAAGCUUCAAGUUCCUAAGAAUUAAUGUGCCUCUUGGUGGUCAUCCAACAGCAGUCACAUUUGGUGAUGACUCAAGCUCUGUAGUUGUGGCUUCUCAAACUCUAUCUGGCUGUUCUUUGUUCAUGUUUGGAGAUGAAAGGGCCAAAACUGCCAAUGAAACUAAGCAACCAGCCAAACCUCCUGUCCCUGAAAUCAAAUGGGAACGUCUCAAAGUCCAUGACAAAAGAGCUAUCCUGACCCUAUUUGGAACAACUGCAAGUUAUGGCAGUGCUGAUGGGAGUACAAUUAUUGUCUCAUGUUCAGAAGGGACUGAUAUUAUGCUUUGGCAUGGAAAAACUGGGAAGAAUUUGGGGCAUGUUGACACCAAUCAGCUGAAAAACAACAUGGCUGCUGUAUCUCCCAAUGGGCGGUUUAUUGCUGCUGCAGCUUUUACUGCAGAUGUGAAGGUCUGGGAGAUUGUAUAUUCAAAGGAUGGUUCAGUCAAGGAGGUUUCAAACGUUAUGCAGCUCAAGGGGCAUAAGAGUGCAGUAACUUGGUUGUGUUUUACUCCUAACUCAGAGCAAAUCAUCACAGCAUCCAAGGAUGGUUCAAUAAGAACAUGGAAUAUCAAUGUUCGAUAUCAUCUUGAUGAGGACCCCAAAACCCUGAAGGUUUUUCCUAUCCCACUUCAUGAUUCCAGUGGCAGUACUUUGCUCUAUGAUCGACUCAGUAUUUCUCCUGAUGGAAAGAUAUUGGCAGCCACCCAUGGUUCCACAUUGCAGUGGUUGUGUACCGAGACUGGAAAGGUCUUGGACACUGCUGACAAAGCCCAUGAUGGUGACAUCACAUGCAUUGCAUGGGCACCUGAGCAUCUUCCAAUAGGAGAUCAGAAAUCCUUGGUUUUAGCUACAUCCAGCGUUGACAAGAAAGUGAAGUUGUGGGUGGCUCCUCCACUCCUUACAUCAUAAAGUUCUAUAGCGUUAACACUUCAUAGCGAAGUACACGCCUCCAGCAAAUCUUGUAUACACAAUUUUUCAGGAAAAUAUUGAUCAUACCAAAGUUUUGGCGACAAAGUUUCAUAAAGAUAUAGACACCAUAUGGUGGCUUUGAAUUUUUAAGUGAUCCCAUUUUGAACUUAGUGAUGCUGACGAUGACGUUAAAAGGUUCAAAAAUUCUAAAUGCCUUGUAUACAACUCUAGAGAGACUUGGAUGGAGGAUAUGAAUAAAAUGGUUUUGAUUUACAGAGAAUAAAA